UUGCUUAGCAACUGCAAUUCAUCAACUUGUACGGAGAACUUCAUAACAACAUAUUACAAAACUCACGCUUUUCACAAGAGAAAAUUUAGCACUACAUUGCCCACAGAUACCAUUACAUGAUGCUAAGCACAAAGGAAGACAUAGUCCUUCCAGAAGGAUGUAUAGACAGCCAAUACAUCGUUGAUAAUCUUGGUGUUCCAUUGACGAAAGCAUUAACGGAAAUUAUACUGAAACAACCUUUAGACCCUAUUGAAUACUUAGCCAGAUGGCUCUACAAGUACAAGGAAAACCAAUCAGAACUUCAAAAGGAAAAAGAAUGGCAAGAGGAACUAAAAGUUGCCCUUGAAGAGCUGGCUAGGAGACUUGCAUGUGAAGAAGAAGCAAGGCAACUUGCUCGAAAAAGGGAAGAAGAAAGGUUAAGGCAAAUUCAGUUACAAAAGGAGAAGGAAGAAGAAGAAUUAAGGAAAAAAUUAGAAGAGAUUGAACGACAAAAAGCUAGGAAGAUUUUACAAGGAAAGAAAGACAUCAGUGGACAAACAAUUCUACAUCAUAUGGCAGGCCAUGCAGGUGCUGACUUCUCUGAACUGUAUGAUAUGGUAGAACUAUUGGCUGAUAAAGACUUGAAUUACAGAACACCAAGAGAUAUGGCAAUGGAAGAAAAUAUCGAGGAAAAUAUUAUCGAAAUUGAUAAAUAUGUGUCAUCUUUGAUGAUGGAAGGAAAUGUAUCCACUUUGAAACAGCUGUUGUUUGAUGGCUACCCUUACAUGCAACAAGCGAUUGACCUUCUGCCAUCAAUAAGUGAACUUCCAGAAGAGAGUCAAAAUUUCAUCAACUCCAUAGCAGAUAUUCAAGAUAGAUGUGAAAGCAUUUUCAAAGCUAUCCAAGAAGGUGAUGAAGAAGGAUUUUUUAUUUUGCUUGAGUCAAUGCCUGAGUUGAUAUCAUGUAAAAAUACUAGAGGCCAAUCUUUAUUACAUGUAGCUGUUUUACAUGAGGAAACUGAAAUGAUAAAACAUAUACUAGAAACUCACCCCGAGAGUCACAAAGCAAAAGACAAUGUUCAUCGCACACCACUACAUUACGGUUUUGGGAUAUCAGAAAGCUUAAUAAAUCUUUUCCCUCAAGAAGACGCAGAUUUUGAAGUUGAUGCGUUGAACAAAGCACCGAAAGAUUACUUAGAAGACCCAACAGAUAUCCUUGCUUUAAAGAAAGAAGAUAUGAUUGCUACUGAUAAUGUAGUAGAGAAUGUAAAUGCAGAGUUUGAUGAUGCAAAAAAUGACAGUGAAUGAAGAAUGUAGUUAACAGUUACUCAUUAAUAUGAAUGACUGAACAAAUAAAAUCAUUCCAAUGAAACUUAUAUAAAUUAUUUUAUUAAUUAUUCUA